AGAGCUGAAUAUGCUGAGAGAGAAAAAGUACAGCUUGGUAGAACUUGUUCAUCAAUUCUUUACUGAAACCAAAGAAGCAGGAAUCUGCAGGUUUGAACAAUUCCAGGUCGUGUUCAUCCUUGACGGUCUGGAUGAGUAUCAACCUCCUCUGGACUUCCAAAACAAUGAGAUCCUGACUGAUGUUACAGAGUCCACCUCAGUGGAUGUGCUACUGACAAACCUCAUCAAAGGAAAACUGCUUCCCUCAGCUCGCCUCUGGAUCACCACAAGACCUGCAGAAGCCAAUCAGAUCCCUCCUGAGUGUGUUGACAUGGUGACAGAGGUCAGAGGGUUCACUGACCCACAGAAGGAGGAGUACUUCAGGAAGAAAUUCAGAAAGAGGAAGCAGGCCAGCAGAAUCAUCUCCCACAUCAAGACACGAAGAUCACGAAGCCUCCACAUCAUGUGCCACAUCCCAGUCUUCUGCUGGAUCACUGCUUCAGUUCUGGAGGAUAUGUUGAAGACCAGAGAGCGUGAAGAGCUGCCCAAGACCCUGACUGAGAUGUACAUCCACUUCCUGUUGGUUCAGACCAAACUGAAGAACAUCAAGUAUGAUGGAGGAGCUGAGACAGAUUCUCACUGGAGUCCCGAGAGCAGGGAGAUGAUUGAGUCUCUGGGAAAACUGGCCUUUGAGCAGCUGCAGAAAGGCAACCUGAUCUUUUAUGAAUCUGACCUACAAGAGUGCGGCAUCAAUAUCAGAGCAGCUUCAGUAUGUUCAGGAGUGUUCACACAGAUCUUUAAAGAGGAGAGAGGACUGUACCAGGACAAGGU